AACGUAAAUAAAUUGAUGAAAACUAAUUAUAAAUACAUAAUGAAGUCCUUUAAUAAAAAUAGACUAAAUUAAAUUUAUAAAAAUCAUUUCAUUCUUAAUUUUUCUCCACUUAUUAAAAAAUACACGAAAAACUUUAAAAUACAGAAGGAUAUAGAGGAUUAUUAAUAGAUUAUUUAGAUAUUAAGCCUUAAUUUGCUUUUGCAUAUGAAAUAGCUUCAAAAGGUAGAUUAUUUUCUUUUAUAGUAGAUAACGAAGAAAUUGUUUAGCAAAUAUUAGAUAUAAAUAGGUCAAUAUAAGGCUGUAAGAUACAUAUAUAUGUUUUAGAGUGGUAAAAAGAGGAAAUAAAUGAGUAAAAAGAAGAUAUAUAAAAUUUUAUUAAUCUAAUAGAUCCAAAACUAAUGAAAAUAAAUGACUAAAAUAAUGUAAAAAUAACCUCUUUAGUUCAUUAGAUAUUAGGAAAUUACGGAAUUUGUGAAAAAUACGAAGAUGCUAUCUAAAUAGCGAAAAUAUAUAAAAAAAACUGCAUUACAAAAAGCCGAUAAGUAGCCUAUUCUGAAGGUUU